ACGAAUCAUUGGGCAGUUACCUCUGGUCGACAUGGAAGGGAGCCGAGUUCCUUUAUAUAAGCCUUGUAUGCCAUGCCUUGAAUCAUACACCAUACCGGGCUGAUCUUCUCAAGUCUGCAACCAUGAUUAAGUUAUUAGUUCUCUCUUGCCUGUUAGCAGUAGCGACCAGUGCGGUUAGCAACAUAAGGCCAAAUUUGCCGGUUCCUGCUGUUCCGUUCUACCCUCAACCGUAUUAUCCCCAAGCCAACGCCGUCCAACCAAAAUACAUUAAUGCACCACCGGGUGUAGCUUCAGCCGCCGCUUAUGUAGCAUCUCCUUACUACCCAGGCACUUACUACAGACAAGCUGUUUAUGCACCAGCUAAUCCUGCCUACAAUCCUUACUACCAUGGAGGCUAUGGAGUAUUCCCGGCUUACCCACAACAAUACCCGUACUUGCCAAAUGACGGAGCUUCGCAGGGGUAUGGAAACUCGUUUACCGAGUUGAUGAACUACUAUUUGAGUAACUACGGAAGUUAUUUCCAAGGUUUUGGAGGUUCUUCUGAAUCACCAGAAACACAAGCAGGACCACAAGAAGCCUCAAGUGUUGGUGCCGCCGGGGGCGCCGGAGUAGGUGAAGGACAAGAGUCGGGGGCUGAGGCUGGGAUCGGGGCUGGAGCUGGGGCUGGAGCUGGGCCUGAAGCUGGGAUUGUGAAAGUAGAUAAGCCAAGUGAUGAACAAAAGAAAGAAGACCAGCCCGCAGGUGUUGAGCGACCUGUGCCAGUGCCUCUUAGACCGUUUGGAACAACGUCUCAGCUAUUUUACUUUGGCCAACCCCAGUUUUACGGUCAGGCGCCGUUCCAACAAGCCGCUUUCUACGACCCGACGAGGAUAAACUCCGUCAACAACGGUGCGAUUUCUAACUUCUUGUUCAACAGAAACCAACCUCAACAAGCGUACCAACAACCUCAACAGUUUGUUGGUCAACAAUUUUAUCCAACAUCACAACCUCAACCCGCCCCGGGAUCUGCAGCAUUAGCUUACCAGAGAUACUUGCAGUACCAAAAGUACCAGCAAGCUCAACCGCAAUCGUUUCAACAACAACAGCAGCCAUUUCUACAACAACAACAACAACCGUUCCAACAACAACAGCAGCAGAUGCAGCAGCAACAACCGUUUCUACAACAGCAACAACAACAACAGUCCGAACAACAGUCUCAAGACGACUCUUCGGUCGUAGUGGAUUCGGCCAGUCACUCGGAAAACGGAGAUCAACAACAGGCACAACCUAAAUUAGCCACAGAUCCAACAAAGGCUGUGGCCGAACCGAUUGGCGUUGCCUUUGCCGGGACUGGUGGCCGUGCCGGGGCAGGGCCUGUGGGAACGGCGAUUGUGGGCAAUAACGCCACCGCCAUUGCCGAACCUAAAGCCACCGCUGUUUCUUUGGACCAGACGCCCACGUUUAGCCUGAUGCCAGUGCACAAAAUGACUUCUGCUUACGUGGCCAAGUAUUCGCCCGAAUUGGGAACUUACAAGGUGUCCGAAAUCAAAAGGAAUCUCGAUUGACUUCCUGGACUGCUCGUUUUAAACUGCUCAAACCGCCAACAAUAAUUUUACUUACAGAACCGCCAAAAUCUUGCCGUGAUUUUUUUUCAAUUCUCAACGAUAUUACGAACUACCAUUUUGUGUUUUUUUUUUAAAUGAUUAUUAGUUAUUAUUAGUUCUGGUUAUCCAUUGGUUAAACCCAAUCACCGCCCGUCUCUACAUUAUUAUGUGAUUAUCACGGCGUACGUUUUAGCUAAAUUAUUAUUGUCAUUAAUUAUAUUAAUUAUUAGUCAUUGAUGUGAAUAAUUGUGAUAUUACUUUUAACGACAACAAUCGUACAAACGUAUUUUAUUGAAUUUUACCAAAUUAUUAUUAUUAUUAGGUUUUGUAUGGUAAAUUGCUGAACAAAGAGAAGCAUUGAAAGAGAAAAUCUAUUUUAAUUAAUAUUAGUUUAUUUAUUUUAUGUUUGCAAAAGAAAAAUAGAUGGCUCAUACUCAAUAAAUGUUAGUGUCACAGUUUUCAAUGUUUUAAUAAUAUUUCCUAAAUAUUGUAAGUUUAAUCAAAACUUGUACAUGUACUAUUUUCAAUAAAUCACAUAUUUAUAAUAUUUUCCACAAAAUAUGGACACAACAUUUUAAAACUGUUUAUAUAUUAAAAAUAUCGUGUGCAUAGUUGACAGUUGUUAUUUUAUGAAGUUUUUUUUUCCGAAUACUUGAAUACCACAUAACGAUUUUGUAAUAUAUACAAAAAAAAAAUCAAUUUUGUAUUUUACAUAUUUUCUAAAACUCAAAAUACAGUUACCGGGUUUGCAGACAAGAAUUUUUUGGUAACCUUUCUGUUAGCUGGUCGAGUCCGCUUUCAUCUUCCAGUGAUCGAUUUUGAAUUUUUAACAUUAAGAAAUUGACACUUUCAAUUCACUCCCUACAACUCAGUUACUGCACACAUCAACAAUCUAAUUUCAAAAAACUUUUAUUUUCAAUAUUGUUAUAUAAAGUUAAGAUAAUCUUUUCUAUCAAAAUGUAAUUUAAAAAUAUUUGUAC